AUGCACGGACAAAGUAAACGUGAAGCUAUUUAUACGACUGGCCCGGAUCUGGCUCACAUGAUCCAACAGAUCCAGGAUCACCAGGCUCAGGAGGUGAGCCAGAUGAUCCAAGGGAGCUGCAGAGCAGCCUCACCAGUAUACAGAGAAUACACUCGUUACUGUGUAAUUGUUUUCACUUCUGGACUGCUUGGCGGCAACGCUGUCGUCGUUUCCGGCGAGCACACCGAGACCCCCGCGCCGCUGUUGGCCGACGACACCCACCUCGGUGUCGGCCUGCCGGGGCCUGGACUCAUGACGGUCGCUUUUAACACCUUAAUAGGGAGCUCUCGCAGCAAGUCACGUCGCGGGCAGUCGGUGGAGUUGCGGAAGAUGCUACGGAACAUGUCACUUGACAACGGUGUUCGCCUGAACAUUGGAGCCAGCGGGGAUGUAGUCUUUGGGUUAUUGAACUCACUCUAUGGUACUCGGCCCAUUAAUUUUCGAGGACCGGCUCAAUCGCAAAAAGCUCAGACAGGGGACAUUAUGCGGGAGCAAAGAAGCUUUUCUCGCAUGGACCAAUCGCCAGACACCUUGUCAUCUUUCCUCGGGCAAAAGACAGGCGUGUCGAAUGGGAACUUAUCGGGCAGUCCUACCGGAUUUAGCGGCCGGUGUAUCCUUGCCAGGCUUUAUAAAUUCGAGCUCUGA